AUGGUACACAUCCUCACAAGGUUACAUCUUCCCCCUGCUGAGGUUGUAAAUGGUCAUGAUAGUUGCCAAAGGAUGUCAGAGAUGGAAAAGGCCUUCCAUAAAUUUGCCAGUUACAGAAGAACAUCCAAAGUGGCCAAUGAUAUGACGGCCAAGAAUUUUUCCAAGAUGUGCCAGGAGUGUGGCUUGGUGGAUGGGAAGGCUGUGAACACGGAUGAUGUGGACAUCGCUUUCAACAAAGUCAGCUGCAAAAUGGGUUUUACAGCAUUUGAGCAAAGCCUGUUGGACAUUUUGGAAGCCCAAAAACCCAUCACGGCUAGUGGGGUGGAGAGACCGACAAACACCAGCAAGCGCUUGGGCUCGGACAAGCAGCAUUUUGAUAAAAGCAGGAAGGACAUGGGGAUUUCCAAACUCUCAGACCUUGCUGAGGGCACCAGCAAUAUUGGGAACGUCGAGGAGCCUGGCACCUAA